AUGAAGAUGGGAAGGCCGAUGGUGAGGGAUAUGCGUCUUUUUCGCUGACAUAGGCACAAAAUGUGUCAAUUCUGAGGCAACGUCCAUCUGAAGGAGGAUGAGUCGAAGAACUGCUCAUGACCGAGAGUCUAUAGCUGCGCUAAAGGGGUUCGACCUCUUAGAGGCUACACCAAGCUUUCGAUACAUGUGCCGCCCUUUCAGACUGCAGCUUAGGAGCCAAACUUCGAAUUGGUAAGAUUGGUAUGCGCCAGAUGCUCACUGCGCAGACUUCCACAGCACUCGCUCACGAUGAGCGUGAUGUCUUCGAACAGAGCCUCGGUGCAGCCAACAUCUACGACUCGCUCUGCCCUGCCACUGCUACGGCUCUGUCGUCUUUCCAGACGUGACCCUCAUCAGCUCUCUUGCAUCUGGCUUUGCUAGUUCCAUCACGCGUCAUCCACCACACUUCUCAUCCAUCCUCACCUUUUGGGCGCGCAUGCGCCAGUUGCAAUGUCGUCCCUCGUCCUCCUCCAGGUCACCCUCAUACUCUCCGUCCCUUCCAUUCUCAGCAGCGCGUUCAUCUUGGUACGGCUGCUGCUUCCACUGCGGGUAAGAGAGCAAAUUUCGCCAUCAUCGGAGCGUCUGAAGAAUGCCCGCGAAAGUAGCGAAACUUUCAGAUCCGAUUCUGGCCUUCUUUUCCAUCGCCCUCCAAGCGCUAGUAGCAGUAGCGCGUCCUCACGAGUCCAGUCUGAGCAAUGCCGUGGCAGGCCAUCUCAGCGCUUGCGAACUGCGCUGCGACUUACGCUCUUCUUGUCCGCCUUCGAUCUUUUGAGCGUGCUGUGCUUCAUUGCAUACGCCGUCCUGCUUGCGCAAGAGCCGCAACUGCCUUCUGAACCCUUUGCAACGAAGAGGCUAGCCGGUUCACCGCUGCUCAUCUUGGCUCUGAUUUUGCGACCUGUGCUAUUGGCGACUGCAGCAGCUCACGCCUGGAGCCACAAUUGCCUAUCCUCUUCAGCUCUUGGGCGAGUGGGCCACAGACUUUGGAGCUUCUCUUUCAUAUUGGGCGCAGCCAUAUGUCUACUCCUCUCCGUGCUGCAAAACUUGCAAGACGAUCCCACCAUCGUGCCCAUUCUGUUUGUGGUGAUCAUGGGCUUCACAUGCGGCAUCGCCAUCCUCUCUUUCGGGUCGCUUGCGGUGCAUCUGCUGAAUGUGCAGAGACAGAUGCAGGGAAGGCCAGUCUGGAAACCCUUCAACGGCGUCAUGUCAAAAAUUCUGGGCUGUCUUUCGGCAAAAGUCUUGACAUCAUCAGCUGUCAGCACAAGCGCGAAUGCUACGAAAGCCUCGACAGCCAACGACAGUACUACCCAGGAAUUUGGUGCGAUGGCAGUGCCACCAAAAUCUUCCUGCGGCACGUUCGGCGAGCCACGCGACCGUCACCCGCCACGGAGUGCUGGGGUAGAAAGCGGAUUCUUUGCCCCUGGCACCGUCGCAAGUCGCGUCACUGGCAACAGCGGCCUCGCUUCGACUCUCGAUGCUUAUGGCCUGCUCGACGAGCUCAGCAAACCUGAUGUGGAUGUCAACUCACAAAAGUAUGUGCGGCGACCCGGAACAGCGCAAAGCAAUUUGAAGAGAAGGUCGGUGACGUACGGUAGCUUGCCUUCAAGCGGUCGCCCUACCGCCUCCAGCACAUCGAGCAGUCGAUGCCCGCCUUGUAGCUUUGCUCACGGCCGCAGCUUCUCCGCUUCCCUCGAGCGCCGAUCACUUCACAGAGACGAAGAUGUCAUCAAGCCGCGUCAGAGCUACCUCGAGUACUUCAACGAGCAGGAAUCUGAAAGCGCUAUCGUCGGUUCUCACACCCAGGAUCCCCACUUUGAUGGUACAUUUGGCGCUUCAUCCACAGAUCCGCCGACAGGGACUCGGGAAGCCAAGGCAGACUCUCAUCUGAGUUCUGCACAGGAAGAGUCAAGGACGAGCUCUGGAGCAGACAGUCCGGCUCAGGGAGGAUUAGAUGCGCGGCCCACUUCGCGUCUCUCUUUCGCUCCUAGUCCUCGACCUAGCCAGUCACGUCUAAGUACCAGCCACGAGCAGAGUGACAGUCGCAUCGCCGAGCCCGGCUACGUCACCGUUGAUUCAUGGCGUAGUUGGCUGACGACUGGUGCUGUGGGUUCUCAGGCGCGAGCGCCUCGCCCGCCUGCCGAGCUCGCUGCGCAAGGCGGCGGAGAGGAUUUGCUCGGCGCAAGUGGUGCGCUGGUAGCGCUCCAUGCCCGCCAGCAGCAAAAUUUUUCAUCUCGGAGUCUCGGUUCGAGCCAGUUCGGCAACGAGGAGCUGAAGCACGUAUUCGUCAGAAUAGCAGGCUCCGUCAUUGGAAUUUGCUUUCCUCUCGUGAGUUCGAUUCUAGACCACUUGCAAAUCACUGAGAGGGGACAAGCUGCUGAUUGGUCCGCUUUUCAGGUCAUGACGGUACCAUAUCUCAUGAACGGCGCCGGCCGUAUGCAGGGCAACCAAGGAGAACCGCUGCUCCUAGCUAUCUUUAUGGCAAUAGGCGUCACUUUUACGAGUCCAUUACUCGCAAUCCAAGUCAUCGUGACGGAGGGACUAGGUCUUCGAGAGAUGGUGUCACUUUCAAACUCUGUGACGUCGGGCUCUAGAUCUCGUCGAUCAAGCUCAUCUGAAGGUCACGCUACCGGUGUCUCACACAGACUCAGCCGUCAAGAUGCCGAGUUGCGGAGCCAAAAGCCAGCGGGUCAGACGUCGCGCCUGAUCAGCCUCCGCCCGAAGAGCCUAGCAGGUACUGUUCAGUCUGCUGAUGCUGCUUCGGAAGUCGAUGUGCACAGCGCUGAGCGAUGCAAUGGAUACGACGUUCCGCUCACGCCCAACGAAGGUCUCCAUCGCCGAACCGUCACCUUCUCGGGCCGAGCACCAACCCUUGCGGAAACGAAUGGGCACGAUCGAUCGAAGUCGGACGGCUGGCAACAGGCCACUACAGCGGGCGUUUCCAAUUGCAACUACGCGUUGACCGGUCCAAAAAUAAAGAAUGUGCCUUACGACCGUCGCCAUUGGGCAGCGGGUAAGAUUGAAGGUGAUAGAGUCGUGAAGUCUAGGUCUACUUGGAUGCGGGCUGGCAGCUUGCUCUUCUGUCCCAGGCCGCCUCUCGAGAUCCUGCCAACCUGUAGCUCUCGUAAGGACGCCUAUAGCUCGCACGCAUGCAGCUCGAUACAGCGCGUUGGUGACGACGAGGACGCAGGGACUCGACUGAGCAGAAGUGCGGACAAUCAGCAACCAGCCAAUAGCAGCGCCCCGCUGGCCGACACGAUACGGGAGACUCAGAGCUGCGAAGACAAGGCUGAAGGGGCGGCAAAGCCGCUUGACGGCCUGAGUGCAAUGAUCCUGCCAAAGCUCGUGCCUGGCCUCACCCUUCCCGCAAGCAUUCAGAUUAUUCAAGAAGACGAGCGCACGCUGUGCGAAUUGUACGAAGCACACAGGCGCGAAGUCAUGUCGACCGAAAGUUGGGCGCCAUUUUGCCCCCCUUCAAACCUGUUCAUUUCUUACAGGACGAUGCCCGGCUUCCUACGCAAGUCAGAGAAUGGCCCUGAUACGGCCUCGAACAGCGUGGCCUCCGAAGACACAAAUCGUAACGAUCCUCAGCCCGCUGGGCAAGAGUCCAGAGUCUCAGCGGACACAACCGGGUCUCAAAAUGCUUCGAUGCAACGCAGCUCCCUGGACGUCCGGAUUCCGCUAGAUGACUUCUCUUACGACAUCGAGCGCCAAGCUUUGUCCACAGAAAGGCGAAUUCCUGGCGGACCUCUGGGCACUCCGUAUCAAUUCUUCACUGCCGAAACGCCAAGUCCGAUCGUGGACCGAGCUGCAAGAACGCGGCAGCUGCUGCCCCUCCACGUCCACGAUCCACUGGAGAGCCCGUCCCAAGACAUCUCAUACUUGUCAAACGAUGCGUCACGAAGGCAAGGGGAUCACAACAUUGCACCCGCGCUCGAAUACUUCUUGCAGGCGUCGCCCUUACGACCGGUGGAAGACGAAACGUCUGGAGACGUACGAGAGUCCUCGGAGCCUGGUGUAGCUGACACCCCAGCAGAUUCUACGCGAUGGACUCCAAGCAUAGCUGUGACCGAUGAUGCUGAUAACAAGCUCACGUCAAGACAAGACAGUCAUCUCACACGGUCUAUAGCACCUGGAGGAAGUUUGGGUCGCGAAUGUCGAGCAGAAAGCCAUCAGGCAGACGAGAGCUGGCAAACAUUGUUACAUAGCCUCGAUGAGGACCUUGACUUGCAUGACAGAGUGGAUGAAACACUCUUGGUCCCUGUUGACUCGCGUCUCGCCUUUCCCACCGAAGCUGGCGCGCCUUCUGGGUCCGAACGAUCACUGCAACAAUCGGCCGGCCAGCCGAGUCCUGCCUCAACCUCUCGUUCGUUGCUCCAGAAGGUUUCAGGCGGAGAGGGCCUCAGCCCCUCUCAGCCCUCGUGCUCACGAUCGCUGUGCAGUUCAACGGCAUCGAAAAUUUCUUUGGCGCAGCUGUUGGGUAUGUCGUCGAGCAAUCAGACUAGCGGCUCUCGUAAUACAGUGGCACCUGGCGGAAUCACCAGACCUUCGUCACUGGAUCCUACUUCCUGCGUUCUGCGAAGGCGCAGUCUCGGGUCCGAGCUUGGGCUUUCAAAUCAUGGCGAUCCGGCAAGCCCAGCAUACGAGGCACAAGACGCCGGUCGGACUCCAUUUGUCAAGCGCAAGUCAAGUGGCACCACCGCGACCCCUUCGACACACGGUCCAAGUGACAGCCUCAGCACCCUCUCGAGCAUAGUUGAGGUCGUCAUAUCACCUGAUCGCUCAGGGGGUUGCUCAAGCCACUCACUAAGCCAGGACUUGCGAAUCACUUCCGCCGAUCGGCUCAGCGCUGAUCUGCAAAUCGCUCUGCAGGCCCUCGAUGGUGCGGAGGCGUCGGGCCUCAGCUCGGAUUCGCUGCCGGCAAGUGAGACCGAGCACACUGAUACGGUGCCUCUUCAAUCUCUGGGAGCCAGUCCUGCUCGCAUGCUCUGCGAUCAACACUUCUACACUCAUGGCAUUCGGCAACUCGAGACCGUUGAUGAGGUUACUGAAGACUCAACUGUCCCUAGCUGUGGAUGGGACAGGCACGUCAACGCGAGCCUCGACCAGAUCUGGGCUCGACAGCAUCACCGCCAUCAGAGCAGCCUGAGCACGGUCUUGAGUAGCGACAUGCAGCAUCUGCUCUCGAACCAAGUGUCAGUCAUGGAACUUGCAAGAGACCGUAUCAGCAAUGCCUCGGAGCUAGGAAAUACGAGUGCCAUCAGUCACGCUGGUUCUAGCUCCCUCAGCCAGCGCAGUGAUGUAUCACAUCGCAGUCGAGGCUUGUCCGAGUCCCUUCAACUUAGCGCAGCACUCGUUGCCAGUCCCGAUGCCAGCUUGGCGGGCUACGUUAGAGUAUUGACGCGUCUUAACGCUUCUGGAGCCAUUUGUCCACUGAUUGGCCCUCGCAGCCGAUUGCCUUCCACAGUCACUGUAGGGACGUUGACCACGCCACGUCGCGCGAUGGGCCUUAACGACUCGUAUUGGUCCUCUUCACCUCAGUCUUUGUCACUUGAAGUGCCAUUCGAUGCAGCUGCUCCUGGAUCCGCUGCACCCGAGCUCAGACCCGUCUCACCGGUAUCAAGCCUGCACGACCAGCAAACUGAUCUCUGCGAAGAGGCUACGACAAAUCGACAAGGUAGAGCUCGAAGAAUGGAACGGCCGCUGUCAAUUAUUAGUCUUCUGUCAGGUCUAGUUUCUAGCGCCGAUGGCUUGCGAGCAAGCACACGCCAAUCAGUCAGCCAAGAAGAACAGACUCAACAAGCGCGGUCGGCGGGAGCGGUCCGGGCGGUUGGUCAGGGGCCGUCUCAGCCAUCCGCAACCCCGUCGCGUCUCUCGCACCGUCAGCGCAUCCACGGCGAUGCUGACAAAAUGCACAGGAGACGUUCAACCGCCUCCGUUCUGAGUCUCGGGCGCACAUUGUCCUUCUAUUCGGGCCGUCGAGCGACCAUGUCAUCCACGCCGUUCGCUCUUGGUACGCCGCGCAGUAGCCGUCUGUCCAUCGCCGAGUCGCCGUGGCAGGUUGUGGAGGACCGUGCUGGUUCUCACAACUUCAGUCCAUCUUUCAGAGCUGAACGAGUUUCCACUGCAGGCCCGUCUCCCAGCGUCAGGUCCCUCUCCCGGAAAUCGGCAAAGAUCCUCGUACCGCCAGUACCGCAGCACGUAGCCUCGACCCCGGUGCGAAGAGUGCGCCGUAAAGCUGUGCCAGGCAUUGGAGCCCUUGAAAGACCAAGAAAAGAGUCAGAUGCGGCGGAAUGGGCAAAGUCUGUCAGGCAAAGGGUUCACGCACUGGAAGUGGCAGCAGACACGCAAAAGUCGGCAGAGCCUGCUGUAGGUUCGCAGCACCGCAGAUCUCCAAGCACUCCCACUGCUAGAAGUCGCAGAGUGGUCAAGACAAGUGAGUGAUGCAAGAAACGCUGCCAGAGCGGAUAGUGAAACUCACUUGACCACUCUUGUCGCGUCAGGGGUUGUGCUUCCUGCUGGCCGACACAAAUUUUCGCUCGUGGAUCGCAUCCAUGCACCAUUGCCACCGUUACCGCUCGAGGAGCACAGCCAGUCGCAUGGGUGGGCUGCAGAGGCGUGGAUCGACGAAGCUGCGCCACCUUCAGACGUUGAACCUAAUCAAGACUGCGCAGCUUCUCAUCCGGCUCGAAGUCUUCUGGUGCCACUCAUCUCAGAGCACUCUUUGGCCCAAUCCGAUGCGUCGACCAGGCGAAUGAGUAAUGGUCCUAUGGCGUCCACACCACCUCGUGCGCCACUUGGCGUCCUGGGUGUUGUCAACUCCGCGUCGCCUACCGUUGCAACUCGGGUGAAAGGCAAGAAGCCUGUUCGACCACUAUCAGAAGCCGUACCGUCGCGUCGCAAGAGUCGCCCUUGUGAACAGCUGGGCAAAGAAAACACAAGACCAGAGAGCACGUCAGCUUUGUCUGGCCGUGUCGAUAAGAACAACGUGAGCGCUGCCUCCUCUAGCGCAGUGCCCGAAGCGCCGGCCUAUGGGAAGCCAAGCGCAUCGGUUGCGCGUGACAGAGCAGGCAAAGCGGCAAGACGAGAGACUUUUGACCUGCUCAAGAGCGGCAUCAGAGCUCGGUUCGCUGGACUACGUUGA